CCUCCAGAGUCACAUUGUGUGUGUGGAUGUAGCAGAAGAAGCCAAGAUGUCUGCUGGGAUUCUCGUAACACUUCUGGCCAUGUCCUUGGCUGUUUCUCUGGUGGUUGCGGUAGAUCUGGAGUCUGAGGCGAGGCAGUUCCUGGAGAGGUUUGACCAGAAUGCCAGUGAGAUAAUGUACCAGUACUCACUGGCAUCAUGGGCCUACAACACCGACAUCACUCAGGAGAACUCAGACAAAGAGUCAGAACAGGGAAAAAUUUGGAGCGCGUUCUACAGCCAGAUCUCAGAAGAAUCCCGCAAUUAUCCCAUCGACCAAAUAAAGGACCCGCAGAUUAAAUUACAACUCAUCUUGUUACAAGACAAAGGCUCUGGUGCUCUGUCUCCGGACAAAGAUUCACACCUCAGUAAGGUCAUGAGCGAAAUGAGCACAAUCUACAGCACUGCAACAGUUUGUAUGCUCGACGACCCUCUUGACUGCCAGACUUUGGAGCCAGGCCUUGAGCAUUUGAUGGCCAACAGUCGAAACUACUCAGAGCGUCUUCACGUGUGGGAGGGCUGGAGGAAAGAGGUGGGGAAGAGAAUGAGGCCAUUGUACGAAGACUAUGUGGACCUGAAGAAUGAAGCUGCCAAACUUAAUGGUUUUGAAGACUAUGGAGCUUACUGGAGAUACAAUUAUGAGACCCUUGAGGAAGACGUUCAGUUAAAGUACACCAGACAUCAACUGAUGGAAGACGUUCGUUCAAUAUACAAAGAGAUCAUGCCUUUAUACAAGGAGCUGCAUGCCUAUGUGAGAGCCAGGCUUAUGGAGGUCUACCCAGGACAUAUUGACCCAGAGGGACACCUGCCCGCCCACCUCCUUGGGGACAUGUGGGGAAGAUUCUGGACCAACCUGUAUCCUCUGUCAGUCCCUUACCCUGACAAACCAGACAUUGAUGUCAGCAGCACUAUGGUGGAGAAGGGCUGGGAUGAAAUACGUUUUUUUCAAGAAGCAGAGAAGUUCUUUAUGUCUGUGGGGCUAUACAAGAUGUUUGACAACUUCUGGACUAACUCCAUGUUCGUGAAGCCCAACGAUGGACGGCAGGUGGUCUGCCACCCCACAGCCUGGGACCUGGGAAACAGAGAAGACUUCAGGAUAAAAAUGUGUACCAAGGUCAACAUGGACGACUUCCUCACAGCACACCAUGAGAUGGGUCACAACCAGUACCAGAUGGCUUACCGCAACCUGUCCUACCUUUUGAGGGACGGAGGUAACGAGGGUUUUCAUGAGGCCGUCGGAGAAAUCAUGUCUCUCUCUGCUGCCACACCCAAACACCUGCAGAGUCUGGGACUUCUGCCGGCUGACUUCAUAUAUGACAGUGAAACUGAGAUCAACUUCCUGCUGAAACAGGCCCUCACCAUUGUGGCCACGCUGCCCUUCACUUACAUGCUGGAGGAAUGGCGUUGGCAGGUGUUUGCAGGGAAUAUUUCCAAAGACGAAUGGAUGAAGCGCUGGUGGGAGAUGAAGAGGGAGCUGGUGGGAGUUGCUGAGCCUGUACCAAGAGAUGAAACUUACUGCGACCCACCUGCUCUGUUCCAUGUAUCUGGAGACUUCUCCUUUAUCAGGUAUUUUACAAGAACCAUCUACCAGUUUCAGUUCCAGAAAGCCCUGUGUGACGCAGCAGGUCACACAGGGGAUUUGUCCUCAUGUGACAUCACUGGUUCCAAGACAGCAGGAACCAAGCUGAGGAACAUGUUAGAGCUGGGGAGAUCUCAGUCCUGGACCAGGGCUUUGCAAACGAUAUCUGGAGAUGUAAGAAUGGAUGCUCGUGCCUUAAUGGACUACUUCCAAAAGCUUUAUGACUGGUUGAAGGAAGAUAAUUUGAAAAACAAGAGAACUGUGGGCUGGAAGACAACAGUGGAUCCAAAUGCACAACAUGCCAUUAAAGUAAGAAUAAGUUUGUCAGCUGCCAUGGGUGACAAUGCUUAUCCCUGGAAUGCCAACGAGAUGUUCCUCUUCAAGGCCAGCAUUGCUUACGCCCUGAGGCAGUACUACAGUCAAAAGAACCAGAACCUUCUUUUCACGACAGAGCACAUUGUCACUUCUGAAGAAACGCCCAGGAUCUCCUUCUACAUGGUGGCCACCCACCCGGGAAACCCCUCUGCAUACAUUCCCAAGUCCGACAUGGAGGCAGCCAUCAAGUUAAGUCGAGGUCGAAUCAACGAAGCCUUCCAAUUAAAUGACCUGACACUUGAGUUUGUAGGUAUCCAGCCAACGCUAGCCCCACCUGUAAAUCAGACAGUGGAGGUGUGGCUGGUGGUAUUCGGCGUUGUCAUGGGCAUUGUAGUGUUGCUGGGUGUGUACCUCUUCAUAUCUGGUAUCAAGGAGCGCAAGAAGAAACUUUCAAAGAGAGCUGCGGAGAAUCCUUACAGCACAGAUUCUGAUGGAAUUAGUAACGCCGCCUAUGAGGACAGUAACAAUGAACAAACUGGGCUUUAAGAGGUCAAAUAAAAGGUUGUGGCUCAGGGAGCCUGAUCUCACAGUUCUUUGUCCAGUUCUAUGUGUAAUUUCACAAGCAUUCUUGUAUUUGAUAAAUGUGAAUAUCUGUGAAAGUUUCAGUAUUGUUAAUAUCCUUAGUGAAAAAACAAAGAUGAAAACAAGACAGCAGGCUUAAUUGCCAGAUACUUGAAUAUUAGUUUCAAUAAUAACAGUGUAGCUAAAUGGUGUGAUAUAAUAUAUACUUAGUUAAUUUUAGUUUUUUAAGCCAUUUCUGGCACAAGGACUUUUAAUAUAAUAUUAACAUAAUGAAGGUGUGAAUAUUAUUUUAAUGUACUUUUAAGCUGCAAACAUUUUUUGAAAGAGUUCAUUAGGAAAAUAAAAUUUUUAUUUGAGGAUUGCCAGUUUCCAUUCAAAAGGGUUAAACUAAUUAAACCUCAACCUAUUAUGAUUCAGUUGCAAUAGCUACAAGCUUUAAAUCUUACAUGUCUUCUUUUUAUGUACUUCUCACCCUUCCACUAAAACGGUUUUGUAAUUACAAUAUAAAAGUAAAACACCUCUAUUGUUCUCCUUUCAGUCUUGAUCUAAAUUAUUAGCUAAUAAGCGCAUUUCUUUGUGCAUAUCAUUUCAGUUGUAUAAUGGGAUUUAAUUUUAUUUCAACAAAUUUGAUCGUUUAUUCGGUUGUAAAAUAUCAAGUCACAUAUUGCUGCUGCUGCAGACCUGCAAUUAACACUAUAACGCUUAAAAAAAGUUUAAUCAAAUAUUGUUGCUGCUACAAUAAAUAAAAACUUGGAAAAAUUGAAUAAGUGUUGCGAUAAAAUGCAGUAUGCCAGAAAUUAUUUUUCUUUUCAAUUUUGGAACAUAAUAUUAUUUAUUAAUGCAACAAUGAUUGAUCAGACAAUCAGUCAUUCAGCAAGCCUUAAAUGUAACAUUAUAAGAAAAGUGUUUUUCUAAGUGUGAAUUAACAUGUUAUGUGUGUCUCAUUGGUCUGAUUUUAUGCUUCACAUCAUGUUUAUUUUGCUCAAGAAGCUUCAUAAUGUAUAUUUAGAAAGUUAAAUAAACGAAUUUAUCAUGAAGUA